AUGUCUGUGAAAGCCUCCCGGGCUGCUUCGCGAAACUUAGCACGCUGGAGCACUCUACCUCACAAUCAUACAGAACACCGAGAUACGACCAAAGCAACACAGCCCAAAGCGCCCUCAUCAAGCCCUCCUCCAUACUCUCUACUCGCGCGCCAGGUGCCUCACUUUCCUCCUUGCCCAAGCGGUCGCGACGUGGCGUCCGAAAAGCGACUCGCCGCCACCAACAACCCUCUCAAGGCGAAAGGUGAGCAGCAAAAGCAAGCGAACGAUCUGUCCAGCAAGUAUCGCGACAUCUUCUCCACCGACCGGCACUCCGUUACUCACACCCCUCGCGAUAUGACGCCCGCGAAACAGCCCCGAGGAGCUCCAGAGCAAGAAAUGGAGAGCACUCAGGAGGCUUGCCAUAUCCAGGAUGACAAGAGAGAGGACAGCAGUCCAGCCAAGCGCGACUUCGAACAGGCGCCAUCGGAGCAAUUGCAAGUACCGCAACCUGCCGCCGCGCCAAAGUACCAGCCCAUCUCUCACGAGCCCAUCCUUCUCGGCGAAAUCGGCUACGGCCUCUUCAAGAGCCGUCUCGUCUUCGAAGCCGACCCCUGUCCUCCUGAAAAGCUAUUUGGUGGCCUUGACUACGAGAAUUUCGAGUACACCAACGUGAAGGAAGGCACCAACCGGAUUAAGGCCGAUGGUACGAAGUCAAAGAAGAAGUACACCGGAAGCGGAGCGGAGAUGAACGUCGACACUGUUUUCCAGCGCAUGAGCGCGUCAGAGAAGCUGACCCUUUGGCGCAACAAUGGAACCAUAAGCAAGUUGAAGGACGGCGAGAUUCGGAGGAACGAGCGCCUUAUUGUUCUACUAGAACAUGAGCCGUGUGGUCCCAAGGUAGAAGCAUCGCGCUGGGCUGACAAGGUCAAGCAUCUCGAGCACGUACUAAAGAAGAACUUACCCGACAGUCACAUCACUCUCCGCACCUUCAUCUCGGCGAGCGACUUCGUUGGCGACGGCCGAUUCCGCCCUUACAUCAACGUGCUCCUCGAUCUCCUCCGUAAAUAUCCUCACCACUUCUGCGUCGAGCUCGAAGACCAGUCCAUCAUGGACGCCGACCCCGCAGACUUCCACCCGACUACAGAAGAAGACGAUUACAACGUGGAGAAGCAGCGCAAGCUCCUGACUCCCGAGAGGGUAUGCCACAUCAAGGGCUUCGACGAUGAGGAUCCCUUGAAUGGGAAAUUACUCAAGCUGGCCGAAAACGAGGAAUACAAGUGGAGGCAGGCGGAGCAGGAGAAGAUGGGGCGGAGACCUGACUACAACUGGUACUGGAUCGAAGGGUGGAUGAACCAGAAAAUCAAGGAAUGGAGGGAAGAGAUCCUCGCACGCGUCACAGACAAACUUCAGGCUCGCUGUCAAGAGAUCAAUGAGGAGUUCAGGUUUAUUUGGAAGUUCGUGGAGGACAUUCGACACUUCAACAGCCACGGAGUUCUCCCAGGGGAGGCUGUCCAGCCCUUCAAACCAAUGAAGCAGAACAAGCGAAAGAAGCCUCCUGUGGUUCCCGCGUACUUCGAUCCCUUUCGAAAGGCAAAUGCCGUUGAUCCGGCUGAAGAGGCUAAGCGCAUCAUCUCGGUGCUCCCGUGGAUCUCAGAGGAACGAGCUGAACAGCACGUCGCGCAGAUGUUGUCGAUUACAGAACAGGACCCGACCGCGGAAUACCCACCUCUUGAGAGAUCAGAGCAAACCUCUCCUGCUUUACCGUCCAUUACCACAAACACACAGGGCCCCGAAGCCCCUCCCUCGCAUGUCAUGCCCACCUCACCGAGGAAGGGAAAACGUGGACUAGAGCAGGUAGAUGUGGGCGAAGAGCCAGAGGAUGAGCACAAGAAGGCAAGACUAGGCCCAUGA